CAAAAGAUGAGAGUGCCCAUAUUGUCGUGCUGGCGGAGCGGACACCCAUCUCACAUAUCAAAUGUGAGUAUUGACCACUCAUCACAUCCCCUAAAAACUUGCCAGAAGGAUCAUACCUACCCAACCGAUCCCGUCCUUAUUUUUAUACACUAAAACAACUGAACCCAUCGCUCCCGUUUCCGGUGUGGGAUGAAUUGAGCGCCCAUUGAGGGAAACCCCUUUCUUCCUUUUACCCGAAGAAGCUUGGAGGCAAAAAAAAAUGAUGAAGGCUCAAGCGAUGAUGAGGGUUUGGUUGAAGGGGCCGCCCGGAUGGCGGCGCCGCCAUAUUUGCUCCCCGCGCGCUGUGAUGACGGUACGGUUUCUUCUCCAUUCACCUCUACAAUCUUAUCCUCCCGCUUUCUGCCUCCCUCCGCCUCCUUUUUCUUCGAUCCAUUCGACCUCCCCCCGCCACCUCAGCUUCCGCUCAGGCGCCGUCAAACAGCCGGCCGAUUCUAUACCGCGCGAAUCUUCCGAGAGCGACGGAAAAGGUGGUUCGGAUAAGGGCAAUAGGGGCCGAAAUGCGAAGAAACGCGAAGCUCGGCGCGCCGUUAGCUGGGGAAUUGAACUCGCCAAGUGUUCUCCCCCUCAAAUUAAACGUAUUCUCAGAGUGGCUUCACUGCAGGAGGAUGUUUACGAUGCACUCAUGCUUGUCAAGAGAUUAGGUCCCGAUGUUCGAGAAGGAAAACGAAGACAAUUCAGCUAUAUAGGUAGACUGCUUCGGGAUGUUGAGCCGGAAUUGAUGGAUGAAUUAAUUAAGGCAACAUACAAUGGAGACCAUGAUCAGGUUCGUGCUUUAUCUAGGUCACGAACACAGAGCAUUGAAGAUUUUGAUGAAAGUGACUAUGAGGAUGAGGAGGAAGACGACGAUGAUGCUAAAGAUGAGAAUAUUGAAUUGGCUGACAGAUGGUUUGAUGGCUUGAUCAAUAAGAACAUUGAGGUUAGCAAUGAAAUAUAUUCUCUUCGUGAAGUUGAGUUCGACCGUCAGGAAUUGCGGAAUCUAGUUCGCAAUGUACAAUCAAUUGAACUGCCCUUAAUCACAGAGGAGGGAAAGGAAGGCGAAGUGGACAUGGCUUUUCUCAAAGCCAAGAAGUCCCUCACUCGUUUCCUUCGACGCAUUGCUAAGCAGGUUCUCCGGGCUGAGUAGGCAAUCACUUUAUAUGAUGCAGGUGCGCACGGGGUAUUACUUUUUGGACGGUUUGGAUAUCUCUCCGAAUCAGUGUAUGUCCGAUAUCAGGUCAGGUUUUCUUCCUAACAUACCUGCUCUUAUUGGAAAGAGUUUUGCAUCCUAUACUGUAAAUUUGUAUUACUAAUAUGGAUUGAUUAAAUGUAAUUUUAACCACACUUUUCAUUGUUCAACUCUUCUCUUAAAUUUUGCAAACUUUGAGACAAUAAUUAUGGGAUGGAGGG